AUGCCACCCCGGGCGUUUCCGUUCCCAUUCAGAGUGGGCACAGACAUUUGCAGUAUCUCUAGGCUACGUAGCGUUAUUACCAGGCGCAACGAUGGCGAUCCGCUGCGUCCGCUACACCAAUUCUUGAAGAGAGUUCUUACCAGUCAUGAACAACAGUACUUUUGGCAGCGUUUUGCAUCUGCAGACGAUAUUCUCACAAAAACUGAUGCUGUUGCUGCAUUCCUCGCAGGCCGCUCACAUGAUAAAAGAUUUGCUGCAAAGGAGGCAUGUCGCAAAGCAUGCGACCAUCUAGAUAAAAACUCCAGAGGCUUCCAACAAAUCAUAAUUCUUCCCAUUACUUCACUGAAUCGUAACGAACACCAAUCAUCGCGUCCACAAGGCUUAAUUCUUGAUGAGGUCUAUAAAACACAGGCCCUUCCGACUGAUUCUAUGGGUGCUAGUUUGGGCGACAAGGGGCGAUCUCCUCUUCUUCUCAAUGUGCAUGAGUUGGAGGGACAGCUAUGCGAAAUUAGCAUUAGCCAUGAUGGAGACUUCGCGACUGCAGUAGCUAUCGUGCCAUCUAUGAAAGGAGACAGCAGCCUGUAG